AUGGCAGAGUGUGUUGCCAUUCCAGUCGAUGUCAAGCUGCCAGCUUGUAGGCAUGUCUUUAUGGCUAGGACUUCACAUCUCCCACCCAGAAGGAAGUAUCAUGGUAGCAAUGGAAUGAACCGUUUUUCAUCAUGGAAGGCUCCCAAACUAAUUGCUUCUAAUUUAAGAAAUCCAAACGGAAGCACAAAGUUGAAAGCUUGUAUCAGGUGUUAUAGCUUGAGUUCUGUAGCCAAUGCUAAUGGUGCAAGUAUUGCUGAAUGGGUUCCAUUCGUGGACCAAGGUCUUCUUGUAGCAAGUAUAACCCUUACUUAUAUGGCUGGAGUAAUUUCCAUGGAGAAAUCGCAAUAUAAUGCUAAAAAAAGCAUUCCUCUAAUUGAUGUGAUUCCUGGAAACUCUUCCCCUGGUAGUACAGUUUCAAGUGAUGAUGAAGUUCCAUUGCAGUUUGCCUGGGAUGUUGUGAGAGGGAAGUUAACAGAGGCCUUAUCUGCUAUCAAGAGAGGGGAAAGUUUUGUUGAUAGAAUUGGCGAACUGGAACAAAAUUCCACAAGGCAAGCUUCAUGUUUGAGUGCUAUAGCUGAAGGUCCCAGGAUAAGGUUGCUGUGUGCAUCUCUAAAGUGGCUCAACAAAGAGAUAGCAAAUACUGCAAGCGCUGAAACAAAUUCUGCAAAUGAUUUCUUGUCUGUCUUCUCUAAAAUUAUUGAAAACUGCUGUCAACCUCUUUGCAUGGCAUGGCUGGAAGAGGAGCUUUGCAUCGUCUCCGGGAAACAUGACAAGGAGUUCUUUUCAUUGGCCGAGCAAAAGUUAACUGGAUAUGACAACAUAAUUCAAAAUAUCAGAAAAUCAGGCAAGGAAUAUCUGUAUGCGGAGUUGGUUUAUGCCCUUGGGUUUGGUUCUACCAGGAAGGGUGGCUAUUACAAUGGUAGCUUGUUUAUCCAGAAUGGAGUGGCUAUAUUAGAAGAUUUGCUUAUCACACUAGCAGACGGCAUUGCGAGCAUGUAUUUAGAGCUUAUAUCCGUUGACAGUAGCUUGUGUAAUGAAAUGAACAACCUGGGCUUGAGCUUGUGUACCCUGUCGACCAGAGCUCUUCAGAGAUUGCGCAAUGAGGCAGCAUUACAACAAUGGUUGCAUCAGAACAUGGCAGCAGUGGUGUCCAUGUACGAAGAUCGGUUUGACCUUUGCACGCUUGAAAGGCGAAUAUUUGAGGAAUCUAACAGCAGCAAGGCUGAUAAUCUUGGUUGGUGGAAGAGGCUUGUUGUCAGGAGAUCAGAACACAUCUCAUCAUCGUUGAGUUUUGUCGUGAUCACCCAUGUCUCUGUAUCUGUUAAGAGAACCAAAGAGUUGAGGAUCUUGACUGGGUGGAGGUACUAUUUCAGUCUGUUCCUGGAACUGGCUGACAUCACAAUGCCAUUUGUAAAAGCAGUCAUUGCUAAAGUGAGUGAUGCCAUCUCGUUUUUCCUAGUCUGUUUGAUAGGUCGGUCUUUGGGACUAAUCUACUCUGGAAUUCGCAACUCCUUAAGCCGAAAGUAA